AUGUCAAGUUAUCGCUCAUCAAGUCAAGUAUCUGUGUACAAUUAUCCGGAACACUUAAAUCCAUUUUAUGAAGAUGAACAACACAAGCGAUUGCGAUUCUGGAAGAUUAAAAAGAGCAGUAACAGCAAUAAGAAUAGAGAUGGUGGUAGCGGUAUGCGACGUGGGAGUUUUACUUUCGGAUCACUUCGAGACUUAUUCUCAUUGGGAUCAUUCAGAGGCAAGAAGCAAUCAUCCACAUUGGGAAUAAAUAACACAUCCGAGUCGCCGACAUUAUUAAGAAAGGAUUUUAUAACAUACAAUAAAGAGGACGAAGAUAAAUAUGCAUCUUACAAUCCGCAUUUUAGAAAUACUCUUGACACAGAUACUUUCCAGCGAAAUACUGUUUAUAGAAGUUCCUUACAGAACAUGAAUAAUGCACCAAAUGAUUUAACAUUCAACAGAAACAAUCGUUAUAGAAGCACUAUACAGAAUGGUGCAUCUUUACAGCACAUAUCAACAUUGAGACAUGAUGGACGUUACAUGUAUCCAAGCUCAAUAACAUCGACACCAAAGAGUCGUUACUUAACUGAUUAUACACCUCGAAUGACGCCUGGUUCCUCCAUGAAUUCUAUUAGCACAAAUCCAUUUGACGAUGAGUAUGAUGAUGAUAAUGACGAGAAUGUAGAGGGAACAAUUACUUCCAACAAUCUAACGAUAACAGAAAAUUCAAUGUCAUCGUCGUCGGCAAAAAAGCCUGUAAAGAGGAAGAAGCGACGAGCUCCUCAACCUCCAAAUGUUGCAAUUCCUAAAGGCACUUCCGAGAAUGAAAAUAUUCAAAUAAGAAUAACUGAGAAUGGAGAUAGCAAUAAUGGAUUAGAUGAACUGAGUCGACUGACGGCUGAAUUUGAAAGCUUUGUUAAAAACUCACAGAAUGACACUCAUCAGCAGCAGCAUCAAACAAAAUUAAUUAUCGAUGAAGAUGAAGUAAUCACCAAACAUGAGAAAAAAGCUGAAAAUCAAGAGAUAAUGACUGUUGAAAGAAGUCAAUCAAGGCAUGUGGAAAAAGAAGAAACCCCGCAAAUGUCUGUGGAUGUAGAGAGAACAAUAUCUUUAAAUGCUGAAAAAAUACAAUCACCGUCAACGACUGAAAAUGUCGAAAGAAUAACAGAACAUCACGUGAUUGUACGAGACGAAAUAGAAUCGGUGGAUAAGACGAUUGCAAUUAUUCAAGAAGAUUUAAAGAUUAAGGAGAUUGAAUUGAAAAUAAAGGAGGAUGAGUUGAGGAUAAAGGAAGCACUAGAAGAAGUAAACAACAAUAAAACUUUACAAAUUGAAAAAGUUGAGGCAGAAAAAUCAAGAAGUAGAGAAUUAAGUCCUGAAAUACAAACCCUAGAAGUUCAUGAAAUAACAACAGAAAUACGCAAAUUUCCAGAGUUUCAACGCAUUACGCCCACUCCUACGCCUUCUCGCGAGGAGACGCCUGAUUAUAUUCCAGUUCCAGUUCGCGAGAAAUUUGAUGUUUUAAGAAUAGAAGAGAAUGAGUAUGAUUAUAAGAAGCCUGAGGACAUUAAGGAAGAAAAAUUGAUAGUCAAUACACAAGUUCAAGAAAUAAAAGUAAUUAAGCCCAAAGAGAGAUCGUCAUCACCUCCAAUCGUUGUUGAACGAGAAAUCCAGACGAAAAAAGGGAGUCAUUCAACUCCAAUAAUCACUGAACGAGAGAUCCAGCCAAUUCAGACGACAAAAGUGAGUCAGUUACCUCCAUUAAUCGUUGAACGAGAGAUCCAAACGAAAACAUUGAGUCAGUCUUCUCCAAUAAUCUAUGAACGAGAAAUCCAUACGAAAACAUUGAGUCAGUCUCCUCCGAUAAAGGAGCCAAGAAGAGAUCGAACACCAAUUCCAUUGGCACGAACUGAAAUCGAAAGUAAAUUAACAUCACAAGGUUUUAUAAAAGUUGAUAAGCCUGUCAAGUAUAAUGAUUUUGAAAAAUGCGUUGUCUAUCGCCAAAGCUCACAGAACGAGGAUGAUGAGGUGGUGCUAAGGAAUGAGGAUCAACCACCAAAAGUUCCAGAGCGUCGACGUUCAGUUAAAGACAUAAUUGAGUCGAUAAAUCGCUCACAGCAAUUAUUAAGAAUUAAUCAGCCUCCAUCGCCACAACUUCCAAGGAAGAAGUAUAAUUUUGGAGAGCAAAAGUUCUCGUACCAUGAAAAACCAGCAGUAGCACCAAAAGAUAAUGUUUUACUUAAACUUCAGCGACAAGCUGAGAGUGAAAGAAGAAUUAAUAUACUUCUUGAUGACUUACAAGAUUUCAGUAAGGAAAAUGCGGACAUCCGACGUUCACAUAAAUUCCCAGUAAGCGAACGAGACACAAACAAUAAUUCAACUUCAUUUCCUCACGAACGACUAAGUAGGGAUGAUAUAAAUCCAAUACCUAAGCCAAGGAGGGUAAUGUAA